AUAUACGCGUAAGGCACUGUGCAAUUUCCUGGUCUGCGUAUAAAAGACGAAGAAGUUUGAGGAAAUGACAACAGUCCCGCCGUGCAAAUACAUCCGAUAACAUCAACAAGAUGAGCCGUCCCAGUUUGAUUUUGAUUAGCUUCUUGGUGGUGUUGGCAUUCGCCAUUUUAAUGGUGGAAGCUGAAGAGCGUGAAAAACGAGCACCGAUUUUGGGCCUGUUACUCGCAAAAAAAAUAUUACUGGGAGGAGGCCAUCACCAUCAUGGCGGACACCACCACGGGCAUCAUGGAGGCCACGGUUAUGGAGGUUAUGGAGGACAUGGAGGUCAUCACGGCGGUCAUGGCCAUCACUACUGAAUCAUUGAUUAGUCGCACGUUCGCUCCAAAGAUGCUCUGAUUAUUCGUUCUGGCUUUUACGGGUGGUUUCCUGCAACAUUCGUUAACUGUUGUUAUUCACGUUUUCAAAAAAAAAUUCUCCUUUGGCGAUGGCAUGUAUUCUUAAAACGAAAAUAAAUAUAUGUAAUCGGCAACAA